GUUGGCAGACGAGACUGGUCUUUCAUCGAGAGAACUUACGUAUUCCAUCGAGCACACUUGCGCGUCUUCAGGAGUUGAUUGUUGAGACAUGCAUUUUGCCUCUCAUUCAGAUGAAAAUAACAAGAGUAGUAUCAUGAUGAGGAAGAUAUAAAUUAGUUCUCAAUCUCCAAGUUAUUUUCUCAGCAGUCCACUUCCUUCUUCAUUCAUACACACAUAUUACAUCCUCAACAGCUGGUCUGAUAAUCCAACCCUUACUUCUUAACUCUAUACCGUAUUAUCAACCAAGCCAGUCUUCCCAAUCCAUCAAAAUGCAGCUAAACGUUAAUACUGCUUCCCUCAUCCUCUUCUUCUGCAGUGCCCUGGUGGCAGGAGCUCCAAUUGCUGCCAAUGAGCUUGGACUUUCAGAGAGAGCUGAUCUUCCUCCACCCCCUCAACCAACUUCAAACCCACCUCCCAUUCCCAAGACCAACACAGUCGAGAUUGAAGAUCGUGCCAACAAGCCCCCUCCACCACCAAAAAAUGGAAAUGGACCAGCCCGUCCUCCCCCUCGCCGUAGCGAAGGAAUCGAAGUAGAAGCUCGAGCAAAUCCACCACCACCCCCUAGCCCGACUCCAGCUCCUCCCCCUCCCCCAACUAACAACAACAACGCCGUGAGAGCAAACCCGCCCCCUCCACCACCAAAAGGAAACGGCAACGGACCAGCUCGUCCUCCACCACGCCGUAGCGAAGACAUCGAGAUAGAAGCUCGAGCAAAUCCACCCCCGCCGCCCCCAAGCCCGACGCCGGCUCCUCCUGCUCCUCCAAAGAACAACAACGCCGUGAGAGCAAACCCGCCCCCGCCGCCACCAAGCCCGACUCCGGCUCCUCCUGCUCAGGAGGAAGAUCUUGAGGAGGAUGAAUGA